UUGAUUUCUGUAAUAGGAUUGAAACCUGAAAUGCUUUUAGUAUACCAGAAGCAUGGGUGAUGGUGUGGUAAAAAAUGGUGCGUAUAAAUACGAAGAUGGCACAAAAUAUAUCGGAGACUGGAAUGGGAAAGGAUUAAAACAUGGUGCUGGUUCUUUGCUUCUUCCUGACGGAACACGUUAUGACGGCAGUUUUCAAAAUGGAUUGUGUUCUGGUUUAGGAGUCAUAGUGUUUCCAGAUGGAGCAAAAUACGAAGGUGAAUUUAUGCAAGGGUGGUUUCAUGGCCAUGGUGUAUUUUGGAGAUCUGAUGGUAUGAAAUUUGAAGGAGAAUUUCGUGGUGGCCGUGUAUGGGGUUUAGGAUUGGUCACUUAUUCCGAUGGAUCUCAUGGAUUUCCUAGAAAUGAGGGUUUCUUUCAAGAUUGUAAACUUGUACGUCGUAGGCAUUGUCCAGAGAUAGUACAAAAGGCACAGAAGAUUUCAAUGAUGGCACGUGCCCAAUGCAGUUAAAUAUUAGACACAAAAUAAGUGAUGCAAAAAUCAGUAGUAUCGGAUCUUAAUAAAAUUGUGUAACAUUU